CAUUACUGGGAACUCUUCCUUGGAACCUCCACUGCCAUCAAGACAAACUUGCUUGCAAUCGGCUACCAUGUCUCGUCAGUCCUAUGCCCGAAGCAUUGGAGGAGGGAACAGGGGCUUCAGUUCCAGUUCUGUUUCCUUAGGGGGUGGAAACAGAGUCAGUUUCAGCACCACGUCCACAUCCCGUGGAUGCUCCGCUCGUGGUGGAGCUAUUGGUGGUUUUGGCAGCAAGAGCCUGUAUAACCUAGGUGGCAGCAAGAGAAUCUCCAUGGGUGGAUUUGGUGGCAGUGGCUUUGGUGGGGGCAUUGGUUCUUGUGGCCAGGGAGGUGGUGGAGGCUUUGGAAUUGGUGGUGGCUUCGGUGGAGAUGUUGGUUAUGGCUUUGGUGGAGGGCUCGGUGGUGGCUUAAAUGGUACCGGUGGCCCCUGGUUACCAGUAUGCCCACCUGGUGGGAUCAAGGAAGUGACCAUCAACCAGCACCUCCUGCAGCCCCUCCACAUAGAGAUUGACCCACAGAUCCAAAAAGUACGUGAAGAAGAGCGGGAACAGAUGAUGACCCUCAACAACAAAUUUGCCUCCUUCAUUGACAAGGUUCGCUUCCUAGAGCAACAGAACCAAGUGCUGGAGACCAAGUGGAAACUUUUGCAGGAACAAGGCACUGGGAGGCAAAAGAAUUUUGACCAGCUCUAUGAGAUGUAUAUCAACAACCUCAGGAAACAGCUAGAAGGCCUCCAGAAUGAAAGGAGAGGACUGGAUUUGGAACUUAAAAACUUCCAAGACCUUGUGGAGGACUACAAGAACAAAUAUGAAGAAGAAAUUAACAAGCGCACUUCAGCCGAAAAUGACUUUGUUCUCUUGAAAAAGGAUGUGGACGCUGCUUACAUGAACAAAACAGAACUGCAGGCAAAGCUGGAUAACUUGGUGGAUGAAAUUAACUUCUUGAAAUGUCUCUAUGAAGCUGAACUCAGCCAGGUACAGCAGACCGUCUCUGACACUUCUGUCGUCCUCCAAAUGGAUAACAACCGUAACCUGGACCUGGACAGCAUCAUUGCUGAUGUCAAGGCUCAGUAUGAAGAGAUUGCCCAGAAGAGCCGAUUGGAAGCAGAGUCGUGGUACCAGAGUAAGUAUGAAGAGCUGCAGCUAACAGCUGGAAAACAUGGUGACAACCUCCGAGACACCAAGGCUGAGAUCUCUGAGAUGAACCGGAUGAUUCAGAGGAUACGUGCAGAAAUAGAUAAUGUGAAGAAGCAGUGUGAGAAGCUGCAGGCUUCCAUUUCAGAAGCUGAGGAACGUGGUGAGCUGGCUCUCAAGGAUGCUCGGGGGAAACUGGCCGAACUGGAAGAGGCUCUGCAAAAGGCCAAGGAAGAAAUGACCCGUCUCUUGAGGGAGUAUCAGGAGCUGAUGAACGGCAAGAUGGCCCUGGAUAUUGAGAUUGCCACCUACAGGAAAUUGCUGGAGGGAGAGGAGAGCAGGAUGUCCGGAGAAUGCCAAAGCGCUGUGAACGUCUCCAUGGUAGGUUCUACCACCCACAUUUCUGGUGGUGGAUAUGGGGGCGGAUAUGGAGGAGGCUUGUCCUAUGGAGGAGGAUCUGCCAGCUUCGGUGGUUUCAGCUCUGGAAGUGGCCGAAUUGGUGGAGGAUAUGGCUCUGGGAGCACCAUUGUGAAGAAAACCACAACGUCAUCCAUCAGGUCUACAACAAAGAACCAUUAAGGAACCAACUCAGCGACCACUUUAACCCUGGAUUCUUCUGAUGAUCUCUCCUAAGUCACACUGGAUCCAACCUUAGCAACCUUUCAGAAGGAAAGAAAAAAGGCCAUUGUCCCUUAUGACCACUAGGCCUUCUCUCCCAGAAGACCACUAGGCCUUCUCUCCCAGAAUAUUUUUUUGUAUUCUUUGACCUUAACUAAAUCUAGGUGUAAGUUUUAUACCUUCAGCUGUAGAUCAGAAGAUGCAAGUCAAUUGAACACACACUACUACUUACUAAGGUUGUGUUUGCAUGAACAAAGGUAAAUAGGACAGGUGUGUAUGUGUCUCACCUCUAUGCUUUUCAUAAUCUUUAGUGAUAGAUAUACAGUGGAGAGGGUGAAGUUUGUCUUAGAUACUGCAGAGCUUUGAAGUACUAGAAAUGGUCUUUGUAUGGUGGAGAAUACAGCCUGGAAAAGCAUUAGUUUUAGUAACGAAGAAGAAACGGCAAGGCUAAGGACAACUUGAUUCUCAUGAUAUUGAAAAGCAUGCUCUGAACUUUUGUUUGUUUGUAUUUUAAGAUGACUGAACGGUAAAUCACGUGACUGUGGGCCAUACUGAAAUUACUGUUCAUGUGGACACAGCCUUUCAAUUCCAGUUCUUUUAUUACUAUCAACAGAUCACAUGACUUGUAUUUCGCUCACAUAUUCAUCUGGUACAUUUCUGUGGUGACCAGCCUGCAAUUGUACUGACUGCUCAGACGAUUUCAAAAUAAUGUGAUAAAUAAUGGCAGCUAAAAAUCUGUGACACAGGAUCUGGUCAAAUGUAAACUUUUGUUAUUCUGGUACAUUUUAAUGGGAGAGUUUAAGCACUUGUUCCAAUUACAGCUUUUGAAAUCAAUGAGCUUUAUACAAAUGUCUGUGAAUCCUCUGGCUGUUUGUUCUCACACUUGGUAAUGGCCUGGAAAUCUUUCCUUUGCUCAUUUUAAGUUCUGGUGAUUAGUCCUUUUCUGGGGUGUAACACUCUG